CUUUGCUUGGAUUGGACGUUCUCAAAAAGGGAAAAUGCACGCGUGGCUAGUUUUCGCCACUCUUGUUGCUGCUGCAUCUGCAGCUUAUUACUCCGAUGUAUGCAACCCAAACCCAUGUCUUAACGGAGGCAAGUGCAUCGUUAACGGCCCAGACUCUUUCUCCUGCCGCUGCGCCUAUGGAUUUAAAGGAAUCGUGUGUCAAUUUGAUCAGAGCGGCGAGCUUGCUUGUUACAGCAGGAAAUGUGUAGGUCCACCAGGUCCACCAGGCCCUCCAGGUCCACCCGGAGGGAAAGGAAUUGGCAUUGCUGGACGUCCAGGUAAGGACGGCUAUCCAGGUGCUCCAGGCAAAGACGGUCUUCCAGGUGCCCCAGGCAAGGAUGGUUAUCCAGGUGCCCCAGGCAAGGCUGGCCAUCCAGGUCCCCAAGGCAAGGACGGUAAACCCGGCUAUGACGGUCUUCCAGGUGCCCCUGGCAAAAAGGGAGAUACUGGCUUCCCAGGAGCCCCAGGCAAAGCAGGCAAACCAGGCUACGAUGGUCUUCCAGGCAAACCAGGCCCCGCCGGUAAAAUUGGUGCCCCAGGCAAGGAUGGUUACCCAGGUGGUCCAGGUAAACCAGGCAAAGACGGCUACCCAGGUCUCCCAGGUAAAGACGGUUUACCUGGACUCCCAGGCAAACCAGGUCCUAAGGGUCCAGCUGGUUUCCCAGGUAAACCAGGUAAGGACGGCUACCCAGGUCCAGUGGGCAAAGUUGGUCCAGUCGGAUUCCCCGGCAAGGAUGGCAAACCAGGUUAUGAUGGUCUUCCAGGCAAAGACGGCAAACCAGGAUAUCCUGGACCAAAAGGCGACACAGGAUUCCCAGGUGCUCCAGGCAAACCAGGCAAGGAUGGUUACCCUGGUCUUCCAGGUAAAGACGGCAAACCAGGCUAUGACGGUCUCCCAGGCAAAGAUGGCAAACCAGGUUAUGACGGUCUCCCAGGCAAGGACGGCAAGCCAGGAUACCCAGGACCUAAAGGUGAGCCUGGUCUCCCAGGUGCCCCAGGCAAGGACGGCUACCCAGGAGCUCCAGGCAAGAAAGGUCUUAACGGACUUCCAGGCAAACCAGGUUACGACGGUCUCCCAGGUAAAGUUGGUCCCGUUGGACCUAUUGGUCCAGCUGGCAAACCAGGUCUCAAUGGUCUCCCAGGCAAAGAUGGUAAACCAGGUUAUGAUGGUCUCCCAGGUAAGGUCGGUCCAGUUGGACCAGUUGGCAAACCAGGCAAGCCAGGAUAUGAUGGCCUUCCAGGCAAGAAUGGUAAAGAUGGUUAUCCAGGACCAGUUGGCCCAGUCGGCCCUGUUGGACCAAAAGGCAAGGAUGGCUACCCAGGCCUUCCAGGCAAAGAUGGAAAGCCAGGCUAUGAUGGCCUUCCAGGAAAACCAGGUCUUAAGGGUAAGGAUGGCUACCCAGGCCUUCCAGGCAAAGAUGGCAAACCAGGAUACGAUGGUCUUCCAGGAAAACCAGGUAAAAUCGGUCCAGUUGGCGCCCCAGGCCUCCCAGGCAAAGAUGGCAAACCAGGAUACGAUGGUCUUCCAGGAAAACCAGGCAAAGACGGCAAACCAGGUUAUGAUGGUCUGCCAGGCAAGCCAGGAAAGGUUGGUCCCGUCGGUCCAGUUGGUCCAGUUGGUCCAGUUGGUUAUCCAGGAAAACCAGGCAAAGAUGGUCUGCCAGGCCUCCCAGGUAAGGAUGGCUACCCAGGCGCUCCAGGCAAGAAGGGUGCUCCAGGCCUCCCAGGCAAGGAUGGCUACCCAGGCGCUCCAGGCAAAAAGGGCGACAGAGGUUUCGAUGGUCUCCCAGGCAAGCCAGGACUUAACGGUGCCCCAGGUGCUAAAGGUCCAAUUGGUCCAGUCGGUCUCCCUGGCAAACCUGGUCCAGUCGGUCCAGUCGGAUACCCAGGUAAGGUUGGUGCCCCAGGCCCAAAAGGACCAGUUGGUGCCCCUGGCUACCCAGGCAAGCCUGGUAAGGAUGGUCUCCCAGGCCUCCCAGGCAAAGCAGGCUACCCAGGACCAAAGGGCGAACCAGGCCUCCCAGGUCUUAACGGCAAGGAUGGCUACCCAGGCAAGCCAGGCAAACAAGGCCCAGUUGGUCCAGUCGGUUACCCAGGCAAAGUCGGUGCCCCAGGCAAGGACGGCAAACCAGGUUACCCAGGACCAAAGGGUGAGACAGGCUACCCAGGUGCCCCAGGCAAACCAGGUAAAGAUGGCUACCCAGGUGCCCCAGGCAAACCAGGUGCUCCAGGCGUCGUUGGUGUUCCAGGCAAGGCUGGUAUUCCAGGUGCUUCUCUUCCAGUUAAAUCCUCUAGGAAGUACUAUUAUUAAAUAUCAUAUCUAUUGGUAUGGGAAAAGAGACUCAAGCUAAGUUUGAAUUAAACAUCACACAAUUGAACACCGGAUUGAAAGUUUUAUAACUCGAACUAUUUAAAUGAUGCCGCAAUGACGGACAGUUGUGUCAGUAAUAAGAUUAUUGCACGCUGUUUUCACCAAGCAUUUGAAUCUGUGGAAAAUACCAUUGCACAAUAAGUUUUAAUGAAAGGUAUAAUUCGGAUUGGAAUUGUACUUAUAAUUUAUUAAGGUCAUUGGUAUUUUUGAGAUCAAUAAUGUAAAGGUGUUCAAAAAAUAA